CUUCAAGCCCUCACCCCUACAGAAGAAGACUGUCUUGUUGACUAUAUCAAGCACAACACACUUCUUGGUCAAUCUCCCACUGCCACUCUUGUUCUUGAGGUUGCUGAAGAACUUCGCCGGAACCGUCCUCUCAUAUCUUCCUCCUCCGUCCCACUGCCCUCUCUUGGUCGCAACUGGAUCGCAAAGUUCAAGAGUCGUCACCCUACAGUCAGCAGCACUUGGACACGUCAAAUGGAAAGAGCUUGCUUUGUGGGAACCGGAACUGAUCGGAUGAUCCCAUGGUUUGCCGAAGUAGGAUCAUUGAUGGAGAAGAACCACUAUAAACCAUCAAACAUCUUCAAUAUGGAUGAGACCGGGUUUGGUAUUGGAACUACACAAGCAUCACGAGUGCUUGCAGUCUUUGAAGGAGAUGGAAUACGAGGAAAAGCGUGGAAAACAAGUCCUGGACGUCAGGAAUGGGUUACAAUAAUUGAGUGUAUCUCGGCGGAUGGGGAAGCGCUUCCUCCAAUGGUGAUCUUCAAGGGGAAUCGUGUUGAUGGAUGGCAUUGGUCCUAUAGUAAUAAGGGCUGGUCAAACAACACUCUAGGAUACGAAUGGCUCAAGGAUGUCUUCAUUCCCACAACCUCCCCUUCAACCACAUCAUCAACACCCAACAAACCUUCCGACCGUCGCUUACUCAUCCUUGAUGGUCAUGGAAGUCACGUACAAGCAUGUUUCGUGACAUGCAUGCAGCACAACAUCGACCUCGUAGUCCUUCCCUCACACUCCUCUCAGGACACACAACCUCUUGACAUUGCGGUAUUUGCACCCUAUAAAAAAGUUCUUCGAGAUGAGUCCGAUAAAUGGGCAAGACGUACUACUUCAAAUAUUCCAAAAGGUUCAUGGGCGGACUCCCUCAUCUUAGCUCGAACCACUGCUAUGACCUCACGUAAUAUCAAAUCCGGAUUUCGAGAA